AUGUUUGAAACCAAACAUGCAUCUCCAAAUCAAAUUCUAACAAUAAUUUCUACUGCAAUGGCUUUUAAUAUCAAGUACAUCAAGUCAUACAAAGAAAUUUUCAAAAUGAUUUAUCAAGAAUAUCAUCUAAUCUUUACCAGAAAAGAAGUUCAACGCAUUCCAUACAUUUUGUGGGGAGAUUUACAAGAUGAAAAUAAUAUUUUAUUAUCAACGAGGUAUAGUUCUGGAAUCGAAGCAAAUGAAACUAAAGAUUAUUCAUUGAAUUUUAUUGAAGACAAUACAAUUUACAGAACUAUUAUAUAUGAUGACAAGUUUUCUUUCAUAAUUUUCACGGAGUCAAAUAACUUCGACAAAAAUCAAAUGUUACACAGUGAUUUGUACCCAUCUUCACCUAAUUCAUUGCUUGAGUUAUGUUGCUAUCAUGGAGCCGUUAAUUGUUUUAAGUUGUUAAUUUCAAAAUUUAAUUCAAUAAUAACACCAAAAUGUCUUUAUUAUUCCUUUUUGGGUGGAAAUCCAGACAUUAUUGAUAAAUGUUUGCAAGUUAAUAUUCCAGAUGAAGAAUGCAUGAAAUAUGCAAUUAUUUCACACAAUAUUGAUUUUGUUACCUUUUUAAUGAAUGAAUUCGAGUUAGAUAUUGAUUUAAAGUAUUGCAUCAUUUUCCACAAUAUUCAAGCAUUUUUAGUUUAUUUAGAUCAAUCAAAAUACAUUAACAAAUUCUUUAUUUAUUCAACAUGCUUUUGCAUUCCUUCUCUAUGUGAAUAUUUCAUUUCACAUGGUGCUUUCAUUGACGCAAAAAAUCAAUCCGGAGAGACUGCACUUCAUUUUGCAGCAAAAUUAAAUUGCAUAGAAAUAGAAGAAGUUUUGAUUUCGCAUGAUGCUGAUGUUAAUGCUAAAGACAAUGAUGGAUGGUCAGUUUUACAUUCUGCAGCAGAAAGUAAUAGUAAAGAAACAGCCGAAUUCCUUAUUUCACAUGGUGCCGAUGUCAAUGCUAAAGACAAUGAUGGAUGGUCAGUUUUACAUUCUGCAGCAGAAAGUAAUAGUAAAGAAACAGCCGAAUUCCUUAUUUCACAUGGUGCCGAUGUCAAUGCUAAAGACAAUGAUGGAUGGUCAGUUUUACAUUCUGCAGCAGAAAGUAACAGUAAAGAAACAGCCGAAUUCCUUAUUUCACAUGGUGCCGAUGUCAAUGCUAAAGACAAAAAUUGA